AUGGAGACACCAGAAGAGCAGCCAGAAGACGGUGUCAUUGUACAUUUGAGCGAUGGUGUUGCUGUUAGGGCGCUCAGACAUGGCGACAUUGCAUCGCUUUCCAGGCAUGCGAGUAGCAGAAACGUCUGGUUGAACUUGAGAGAUCGUUUCCCACAUCCAUAUACCGAGAGCGACGCUCAGAUGUGGAUCGAGCGAGUUUCUGCUCCCGAAAAUCAGAUGCGUUCGGGAGUGUAUUUGGCAGCUGGCGGGAACGGACCAUUGCUCCCUGCUCAUUAUGCCAUUACCGUCGAGGACGAAUGCGUUGGGGGUAUAGGCAUCGACUUUGGCUCAGACAUCUACUUUCGCACUGGCGAGAUUGGGUAUUGGCUCUCUGAGGACCACUGGGGAAAAGGUAUCAUGGGAAAGGUAGUCCCAGCAUUUGUACAGUGGACUUGGAAGGCUUUCGGCAUCCUAAUCAGGCUGAAUGGAAGUUGCAACGAGGGGAACACGGGGUCUGCCAGGUGCUUGGAGAAGGCCGGGUUCGUGUUUGAAGGCCGCCGUGAGGCAAUGAGUUGCAAGUGUGGCCAGGUGCAAGCUGAACUCAUGUACGGAGCGCUUCGACCGGAGUGA